AUGACGCGGCAGCACCCACAUGGCUCGUCGGAGAACGUGCUGGAGUACGCCCUGCUGGCAGUCAACCAGAGCAGAGUUAACUGCGUGCAGAAAAAUGUCCCCUUCGAGGAGUCCUACCUGAUUAAGAAGAAGAAGCACGACCACCUGCUCGACCUGAAGUUUUGCCACCUCAGGCGGGGGGCAGCUGCGCCCGAUUCGUCGAGCAGCGCAGGUGGGGAAGAUGGCGCAAUUGGCGCAAUUGGCGAAGAUGGCGGUCGUGGUGAUGUUGGCAGCCGUGGGCACAGCAGCGCGUACUUCAUCCUGAGACAGUGGAGCGAGAAGUUGGGCCGGGGCGGCGGCGCGCACUGGGAGGGAAACCCGAAAAGGGGAGACAGCCUCAGCGAGCAGGGGGAUGCGCUCAACGGGGGAGUCUCCCCAAAUGGGAGAAGAAGACCCAGUUGCGAGCGAGCCCACCCCCCAACCAGCUACGUAAUCAUAGGGACGCAUCGCCACGGAAGCGGUGCCCCUUGCUCGUACGAAGAGAUGACGGUGGAGAUCCCCAACUAUGACGUCGAAGUAGAUGGGUUCUACGUCCAAAUUCAUGUCGACCCAAAUGAAGAAGAUAUAUUCAUUCUGUCAAGCAAAGAACUUAUCCUCAUAAAAAAAAAAAAAAAAAAAAAAAACUACAUCCAAGGGCAGUACCUAUUACACAGAAAACAUCUAGACAUUCCAUCGAAAAGAAAAAUUAUCAAAGCGGAGUGGUUUCACAAGUCCAACCAUGUAGUGUCCUUAUUAACUUAUGAACAUGUGGAGGCAUCUAAAUUUUUCCCCUGUAAAUUUAGGUCCGUAAUUCGCCUAAUUAAUGUAGAGGGGGAAGCCAGGGAGGAAGUCAAAAUCGUCAUUCCACAUAUGGAUGUCAUCCAUCGAAAAUUGAAGAAGGAAAAUUUGGAAGACAUAAAAAAGGAGCUGUUCAAAAUGGGGGAGAUCAAUUCGUCUCUCCACUUGCCAGAUGAGGUGUCUGGUAAGAGUAGCACCGAGCAGAUGCAGAGGGGGGGCCCUCCACACUGCAAUGGUAACAACACACAAGGGGUAGAAAAAUCCCCCAGUCACGAUAAGGCAAAUUGCUUACCAGUCCAAAAUGAUGAAGAAGGGUACACCAAUAUGAGCGCAACACACAUGGAUGGGAAGGGAAAAAAUGCGUCGAGCAACCAUUCCAUAAGCACCCAUUUAGUGGUGGACUCAUCAAGAGGCAGAACCGAUCCCCCCUCUGACCAAAUCCUAAGCAGGGAAAAGAAGCAGCUAGCUAAAAAGAACAAAUACAAAAACCUCGUCGUAGACUACUGCUUUGGUGCCCCCAGUGAAAAUAUCCCCUGGAUAGAAACCUGCCUCUUUGUUCUUUUGAAGGAUGGCCUCAUCUUAAUAUACACCCCGAUCAUCACGAGUGAGUGGUACGUGAGCUACUUCCUGAUGCGCGAGUUGAGCCGGAUUCGGCAGAGGGGCGUGGAGAAAGGCGCAGGCACCACUGGGGAGGGUGCUGAUGGGCAGCAAGGUGAUGGGCAGCGUUCCGAUAUGCAGCGCGGUGAGGGGGAAGGCCUGGAUGAGGAGUACGCGGAGGAUUUCCUUACCCAUUAUGAUCACUUCCGAGGGGUCUCCGUGCGGGAGUACAGGGAAAGAGACGUGUGGGUGAGUUUCGAUCCUGGGGAGCAGCGCGCUGGGCGGGGGGUCACCUGGGGAAGCGGCUAUGCAAACGGCGAUGUGGGCGGCGGUGAAGGGUUCAACGGUGAAGGGUUUGGCGGUGGGGGAAGCGUCCCCGGCAGUGCUCACCGUAGCCGCUACCGCGCCGGGGCCGCCUUCUGCUACGUGCCCUACGUUGUGAACUGCCUGAGGAGCUCCACCUACCGCAGCAUCGGCCUGCUGUACUGCAACCACCUAGUGAUCAUCGCCGUGGCGGAUAAGUUCGGGUACGUGUCCUUCGUCCUGCUAAACUAUUUUAUCACCCCCCACAUUGUUAUACCGAUACCUGGGCGGAACGAAACGGACAGUGGAAACACCCUGAAGAAGGCGAUGAACUUUUUGUCUCUGAAGAAAAAAAAAAAAUCCUUUUUCUUUAGCAUCUUCAAUUUGAACGAUAAUGCUAUUUUCGAGAAUAUGACUUUGGCUGGUUUGGCCAAUUUGGUUAACCGAGAUCGAUACGAUGAGUACUACCGGCGUGUGAAGAGUGGCAGCUACGAGAUGGCUUCCCUCACGGGGAAGAUGGCCCAGCGGGGUGCAGCCCGGGAGCGCGCGCGCAUGGAGGAGGCCCACCAUGAAGGGGGUGGCCCGGUCAGCCGUAUCAGCGGUGUCAACGGUGUCAGCCAUGUCAACCGUAUCAGCCGUAUCAACGGUGAUGGUGCCUGCACCCUUCUCCGGGGGGACCCCCGCAAUGAGCAGCGGCAAAGCGGCGCAAACUUGAGGCAGACCAAAAUUGACGCCAUCAAAUUGGCUAGCAGCGGGACGCAGAAGAAGAAGGCCCUAUUCAAAGAGAGACUUACCAAAAAGAGGGAGACUAAUGAGAUGGGGAAGCAUAAGGACUCCCCUGGAUCGGCAUGCACCUCUGAUGGGGACAUCAUCGAACGGGAUGACUUCUUCUCCUGCUAUGAAGAUGACAAAGAAAUUUUGGAGAAGCAAAUAAACGACGAAGUAAAUCUGCAGUUUCAUCCUCUAAGUGUCCUGUACUUUGACUCCUACUACACCGGAAUGACUAACGUAAGAACGAUUGUCCUGAGCAACCACAGCUUGCUUUGUUUCAACAAUGAUAAGGUUAUGCAUGUCCACUUGGUUUGGGUAAAAUUUGUGAGCGUAAUAUUUCACCUCCUCCAUUUGAAGAACCUUUUGUGCGCCAAACUCAUUCACGAGAUGUGCAAGAACGGGCUUUACAUGAGCACCACCAUUUUCAAGGCGCCCAUUAGCUUCCACCAGUUUGACUAUUACGCGUAUUUGCUGCUGGACCAUACGAAGAGGUUAGACCGUGGGACCUUUGCAGGGCUCUUCGCUGGGGGAAGCGGCAUUGGAAGCGACACCGCUACCCAGGGGGCGGGGGCCCCGGACAACUUUGACCGCCUGCAGUCCAGCGCCCUCUACGACGUGCAGUGCGUUCUUCACCCGGUAGUUGUGCAGGAAAGUAAUAGCGGCGGUAGUGGCGGUCGCUGCGGAAGCGGCGGCGCCUCCCAGGGGAGCCACCCGCCAAGCGAGGUGUACUGCAUCUUCACGCACUUCGUAAACCUGGACAGCCAGAGAAAAGAAAAACUGUUCAUGAGCAGGAACAUCAAUUUCUUCACCUCCUCAGUGUAUAAAAAUUUGUUCCUCAUAUAUGACUGCUUCAAGUUGCGGAUUGUCAGCAGGCCGGAAAGCUCAAAUCUCCCUGCAGAGGGAACAAAGAAUACCCUUUUGCUAGUAAGGGAGAAAAGGAAGUGCAAACCGGUAUGCCACAUCCCUCCACAGGCAAAACUGAGAAAUUUUUAUAUUAGCACUGAAGUGGUGGACGACGACUCGAUGGAUUUGAACACGUAUGCUAAUAUGCUCUCCCUUUAUGUAAACUCACGCUGCAAUGAUUACAUGAAUUCGUUGAUAAAGAGGAGCUUCAUUUUUUACCAAGGGAGGGGGGCCCUCUGCAGUAUGUUCCUCAAUCGUGACGCGGCCACAAAAGGGGAGAGUACGUUGCGACGCGGUGUGAAUGCAGUGGGACCCAGGAAAAUGAUCACCCAUAUGUGUCGCGGCAGCGUUGGUGUAAGCUCUUCCCCGCGAUUGCCCCUCUGCAGUGAGAGCAACCACGUGGGGGAGCUCUCCCCCAGAAGUGCUGCCCUGCUGUGGGGCAAACAUGUUGAAAACGUUAGAGGAGAGUCUUCAUACCUAACACAUGGUAGGCUCACCCCAAACGGAAGAAGCGCCACCACAGGUAACCACCAACUGCACAGCACAGAAGAGAUCGAUUUUUUAAAACACGUAUUCGUCAUCCUACACAGUAAUGACAAUGAGGGCGGAAAUGACAUUCACGGAAAAAACCCAAUGUGUGAAGAGAGCACUUCCGCCGUUUGCAAAAAAUACAACUGCGGUGUUGGAAGUACCGUCGAACAAGUAAACCCAGAGACACUCAUAAACGAUAUUAAGGUGCACGUCCUUAAGGGAGACUCCAAAAAGUGUGAAAACCUACCCUGCACCAUGUUGCUCAAAAAAUUAAUCAAAGUAAAAAAUGACUACAUACAUGUGAAGGAUUAUUUUUUGAAAAAAAAAAAAAUAAACUUAGACUCCCUUCCCAGCGAUAUAAAAGGGAAAAUCAAUUUCCUCGAACAAGUCGUCCAGGUGUACUAUUUCUUCCUGGACUUGAAUUUUUACUAUGAAAAUAAAUUUGAGAAAAUUAAAAAAAGGAUUAUUCAUUCGCUAGGCGUAGACGUUAUACACUUUGUGAAGUCCCAUGCGUCUCUUCAAAAUAUGAGCAAAGCGCUCAUUGAAAAAAACGCCACUCUGGUGAAGGACAUCCAGCUCUGUUACCAGAAGCACCAACUAAUUCGAGACAAGUUUAAUUUGCUCAGGAAGAGAAUUCUGCUGCACAGUUUGGUGAACUCGCAACGGUUCGCAGGCAAAUUGGCAUCCUUGAACGCGGGGUGA